AUGACAAAACAUCUCAUGGAAUUUCUGAUGGACACGUACAAUGUGGAUUUGGGACCUGAAACAAUUAUGGUUCAAAAAGAGCCAUCAUUUGGUCCUCCUGUUCCUGUUUGUCAACACUUAUGUAUACGCCAUCGUUUAUUACGUUUAAAUUAUAAAAUUGUCUUCCCAAAACAAUCACAAAUUGCUCUAUGUAAACAACAUUUACACAAACAUUUAGUGUCAUUGCCACAAGACGCGACCACCGUAAACGAGAAUAUUCCAUUUUAUUCAUCAUCGUGUGAUGUCAACAGAACAUUAACGCGAAUUGUUGAAAAACGAUUUAGAAAAAUUGAGCACGCAAGAAAUCGUUCAUACUCAAGGAAUAAAAAUUCACGGAGGGAUUUAUUCAAUAAUCUAAUGAAAUUUGAGCAACAACUAUCAGAACAUGGCCUUGAAGAAUAUUUAUCACCAGAGAUGAUGAUAAAUGAGUUUUCAAACAACUCACAGAGCAACUCUACAACUGGUCAAAAUAAAAAAGUAGAGUCAGAACAACAAAUACCAUCAACAUAA